AUGGAGCCGCCUUUGCUGCUCAGGAUUCUCCUGCCGCUGGCUUCUCUUUCUUGGCUGCUGCUGCUGCUGCUCGCCCGCGGUAGUGCAGCGACUGGAGUUCUAGGAGGAAUCGGUGCCGACGAGGACGAGUGGAGCAGGCAGCCUGCUGCUGCUGCUCAUCUCAUUCUUGGAAACUCCAGAAAUGUGCAAGCUAGAAGAUUGCUGCAGAGUGGUAAAAACGAGCAUACCCAACCACCUAGACACGCUCCUCCUCCUAAUCAGAAGAAGCCAAAGACAAUUGAACGCCCGCACAGACCAAAACAUCAUCAACAUAAAAUGCAUGCUCCAUCACCCUCACCUUUUAGUUCUGCGCCUAAAGCCUUGCCAUCACCAUCUACUUCUGCACCUGCAAUAUCUUCUUCAGGAUCUCAUCAUCCAUUGGCAGCCCCUCCCCGACCGCUUAGCCCUUCACCUUCCAUCUCUCCACCACAUAAACAUUCCUCAAGAAAGUAUAGUUUGGUCGCUACAGGGAGUGCAGUCUUUGUUGUCAUGGCUGCAGCUUCUGUCAUGUACUGUCGAGUUAAGAAGGUGGGCACUGUGAGGCCAUGGGCCACAGGGUUAAGCGGGCAACUGCAACGAGCAUUUGUAACAGGUGUACCUGCGUUGAAACGAUCCGAGCUGGAAGCAGCCUGUGAGGACUUUAGCAACAUAGUUGGUUCUACGCCUAGCUGCAUGCUGUACAAGGGGACAUUAUCGAGUGGAGUUGAAAUAGCAGUUGUGUCAAGCUCAGUAACAUCCGUGAAGGAUUGGUCAAAAGAAUGUGAAUCCCACUACAGGAAGAAGAUCACAAGUUUAUCCAAAGUUAGCCACAAGAAUUUCAUGAAUCUACUUGGCUAUUGCGAGGAAGAUACCCCUUUUACCAGAGCAAUGGUUUUUGAAUAUGCUCCAAACGGAACGCUUUUUGAGCAUCUCCAUGUUAGAGAAGCUGAUAACCUGGACUGGGCGACACGGCUGAGGAUAUCGAUGGGGAUAGCUUACUGUCUGGAGCACAUGCUGCACCAGCUGAAUCCACCUGUUGUGCCAAGGAACUUUGACUCAAGCACUAUAUACCUCACUGAUGACUUUGCUGCAAAGGUCUCAGACCUUGAUUUCUGGAGCGACACAGCCACCAAGGGAUCCGAUUCCAGUUCAACCACUGACGAUGAGUUCUCCUCAGUUUCAGACAUAGAUGUCAUGGUGCAUCAGUAUGGCAUGCUAUUGCUGGAGAUACUAACCGGAAAAGUUGCCUACUCCGAAGAGGAAGACGGGGUUUCACUGGAACAGUUGGCAUCUCGCUACUUCGAUGGCAACAUGCCCCUUGCGGAGCUGAUUGACCCGAGCCUCGAUUCGUUCCCUCAAGAAGCCGCGCACGCAAUGUGCGAGGUCGCAAGGUCUUGUGUGGACCCAGACCUGAAGAAGAGACCAAGGAUGGUACAGGUGGCUGCUAGGAUGGAGGAGAUCACCGCGCUGGGACCUGAGGGAGCGACUCCAAAGGUGUCGCCGCUGUGGUGGGCGGAGCUAGAGAUCAUGUCCUCUGAAGCUAGCUGA